CCCGCCCAUCGCCUCCAGCCGAGGUGCUCGGCGAGCGCGCCCGGGAAGGCUCUCCGCCCCGCGCCGAGCACUGGGCCUGGCAGACGCCCCGAGAUUGUUGUGAGGAGUCUCGCCAGUUGGUGAGCGCUGUAAUCUGAACCAGCUGUGUCCAGACUGAGGCCCCAUUUGCAUUGUUUAACAUACUUAGAAAAUGAAGUGUUCAUUUUUAACAUUCCUCCUCCAAUUGGUUUAAUGCUGAAUUACUGAAGAGGGCUAAGCAAAACCAGGUGCUGGCUUCGUGGGCUCUGCAGUGGCUCGGAGGACCCAGCGCUCUCCCCUGUCCUCCGCGCGACUCGCUCGGCCCCUCUGGAAUAAAAAUAGCAGCGAGCCCCCAGGGCCCAGACGAAGCCGGAGCGCCGGGACUUCUCCCAGGGUCCGGCCUGUGAGCUCUUUCUCGGCCCCCUUCGCUCCUCGCUCUCGCGCAUCUUGGACAUGCCAGGAUUAAAAAGGAUACUCACCGUUACCAUUCUGGCUCUCUGUCUUCCAAGGCCUGGGAACACACAGCAGCAAUGCACUAACGGCUUCGACCUGGACCGCGCGUCAGGACAGUGCUUAGAUAUUGAUGAAUGCCGGACCAUCCCUGAGGCCUGCCGAGGAGACAUGAUGUGUGUUAACCAAAAUGGCGGGUACUUGUGCAUCCCCCGGACAAACCCAGUGUAUCGAGGGCCCUACUCGAACCCCUAUUCGACACCCUACUCGGGCCCAUACCCAGCAGCUGCCCCACCACUCUCAGCUCCAAACUACCCUACGAUCUCCAGGCCGCUCAUAUGCCGCUUUGGAUACCAGAUGGAUGAAAGCAACCAGUGCGUGGAUGUGGACGAGUGUGCAACAGACUCCCACCAGUGCAACCCUACUCAGAUCUGCAUCAACACUGAAGGGGGGUACACCUGCUCCUGCACGGACGGAUACUGGCUUCUGGAAGGCCAGUGCUUAGACAUUGAUGAAUGUCGCUAUGGUUACUGCCAGCAGCUCUGCGCAAAUGUUCCUGGAUCUUACUCCUGUACAUGCAACCCCGGUUUUACCCUCAAUGAGGAUGGAAGGUCUUGCCAAGAUGUGAAUGAGUGUGCAACUGAGAACCCCUGUGUGCAAACCUGUGUCAACACCUAUGGUUCUUUCAUCUGCCGCUGUGACCCAGGAUAUGAACUCGAGGAUGAUGGCGUUCAUUGCAGUGAUAUGGACGAGUGCAGCUUCUCCGAGUUCCUCUGCCAGCACGAGUGUGUGAACCAGCCUGGCACCUACUUCUGCUCCUGCCCACCAGGCUACAUCCUGCUGGAUGACAACCGGAGCUGUCAGGACAUCAACGAGUGUGAGCACAGAAACCACACGUGCUCUCUACAGCAGUCUUGCUACAAUUUGCAAGGGGGCUUCAAAUGCAUUGAUCCCAUCCGCUGCGAGGAACCUUACCUGAGGAUCAGUGACAACCGCUGUAUGUGUCCUGCUGAGAAUCCCGGCUGCAGAGACCAGCCCUUCACCAUCUUAUAUCGUGACAUGGAUGUGGUGUCAGGACGCUCCGUGCCUGCUGACAUCUUCCAGAUGCAAGCCACGACCCGCUACCCCGGGGCCUAUUACAUUUUCCAGAUCAAGUCUGGGAACGAGGGCAGAGAAUUCUAUAUGCGGCAAACGGGCCCCAUCAGUGCCACCCUGGUGAUGACACGCCCCAUCAAAGGGCCCCGGGACAUCCAGCUGGACUUGGAAAUGAUCACUGUCAACACCGUCAUCAACUUCAGAGGCAGCUCCGUGAUCCGACUGCGGAUAUAUGUGUCGCAGUACCCAUUCUGAGCCUCGGGCUGGGGCCUCUGACGCUGCCUCUCACCAGCACCAUGGGACAGGAGAAGAGAGGAAACGAGAGAAUGAGAGCGAGAGAG